GAUUUCUUUCGAGAGGGUGCUUAUAUGAACUUGACGACAAAUACUUUUUAAGUUUUACUUUUCACCCAAACUGAAAUUCAAUCCUGAAAUGUUUAUGAAUACUGAUGGUUUUAAAAUCAAUAAGUGCCUCAGCCUUAUAAAUCAUAAUGGAUUGGAUGUUUGUUGUUUCAAGCUUUGAACUUCACUGGUCGAAAAUUUUUGACUCCUCUAGAAGAGUCAAAGUGAAAACUUUUGUUCAAGCACACAAGAAGUGUCUGUUUGAGAUAAAUAAAUAUAGUGAGAAUACGGAAAGACAAAGACUUCCAGUCAAAAGUGUGGAAAGAUAUGAAGCUAGUGACAGUCAGAAGCCAACUCUUGUUCUUACAAGGAGAGUCUUCAAAAAGAGAAAGCAAAAGAAAAAUCUUUCGGGAACUAUGAAAACAGUAGAAGAAAAGAACGUCCCUCCUGAAAAGACUGUUGCACUUAAGCAGACUGUAAAAGCAAGUUCCAAAUCCAAAAAUCAGGAAGCUGCAGAAGCAAAAGGCCUGACAAGUCCUGUUCAGUACCUUGAUAACCAGGACAGUAUUGAAGAAGAAGGUUAUAGAGUAUUCUUUAGGGAACUUUCACAAGAAAAGGAGAACUUGAACCUGUCAACUCGUUACCGUGGUACGAAUCCGCCCUCGAAGGGUUUAGACUUACUUUACGUUCCCACAAGCAAGUUUAAACUUUUUCCUGAAGCGUUUAUGUCGCAGGAAAAGGACUGGUAUAACUGUGCGAGAAAAUGGGCCAUAUUGAAGACAGAUUUUCGCACUCCAAUAGCCCUGGACGAGUCCCGCAGACGGAAAUUACCUGUGGAAGCAUUCAAACCAAAAGUUGGAGAAGAAGCUGUCAAGAAUUGGAAGCAGCUGGUAGAAAACCCAUCAAAUACUGUUUCUCCUACCUCGAGAGGUAGAGUGCUUGGAAUUCAAGCGGUUUAUAGCGAAUGGUCCCGUUUUUUGUCAAAGAAUCCCAGAGUCAUCGUUGUCGGAGAUGUUCAUGGUUGUGUCGAUGAGUUAAGAGACUUACUGAAGCUUGCAGACUUUCGUCCAGGAGAUCAAGUUAUUUUUCUUGGAGAUUUAGUUGCAAAGGGACCUGAUUCUGUGGCUGUAGUAAAGAUAGCUCGUGAAAUUGGAGCUCGCUCGGUUAGAGGAAAUCAUGAUUUUGAAGUUAUAAGGUGGUGGAAUGCCCAAAUGAAUGGUCUUUCUGGAUCUAUCUCUGUGAAUAUGGAACACUUAAGAAUUGCUCAAGAUUUAGAUAGGGAGGAUCACGAGUGGUUAUUUCAUUGUCCGUGGUUUAUAAGAAUUCCGGAAAUGAAGUACUUGCUUGUUCAUGCUGGUUUUGUUCCGGGUGUUGAUCUUUAUCAACAGAAUCCACGCUUGAUGAUGAAUAUGAGAUCUGUUCUUCCUAAUGGAAUUAUUACCAAUCGCUAUGUAGCCGAUUCUCCUUGGGCAUCUUAUUGGAAAGGUCCUGAAACGGUUGUAUAUGGACACGAUGCGUAUCGAGGACUUCAGCAAUUUGAGUUUGCUCAGGGCAUCGACACCGGUUGUGUAUAUGGAGGACGACUCACAGCCUUGUUGCUUCCUGAAAAUCGUUUGAUAAGCGUUCGUGCAAGGCGUUGUUAUCGUCAUCGUUAUUCGAGAUGACUUGUCACUUCGUAAAUAACUUGGACUCCUAAAGUAACAAGUUAACUAGGGAAUAUUUCGGUGAAGAAAUGUAUGGGUAAUAAAGGCUUUAACUGAUUCAGCUCCGUUUAAUUUGG